CCUGCAGAGGGCUCGCGCCUCAUCAAAAAAAGCAGCGUUAGCAUUAGCCUGUUAGCAUGGUCGUUAGCCGCUGUUAGCUCCAGCAUUAGCCCGGGUCCCGCUCAUGAGGACUGUCCGCGCAGAACAGUGCCUGACACCGUGUUUGCCUUGAGCGCCCAGAGGUCAGAGGUCAUGGUGCUGAUCGAGGGUGUGGGAGAUGAGGUGACCUUGCUCCUCGCGGUGCUGCUGCUGCUUGCUGUCCUGCUGCUGGCCUGGGUCUCCACAAGGACUCCCGACCCAGCACCAGUCCAGAGCCCUGAAAGCACCCCACAGAGACCCCAGGAGGAAACGGCCACCUCUUCUACAUCCUCGCCUGCGGACGCUGCCCCCGUUGAAGCGUCGCCGCGGGCUGCGGUAGGCGGGGAUAAGCCAGCGGAGGGGCUUAGGAGUAGAGGGAGGGACGAGCGAAACAGCCUCGUCCUGAGACUCAAAUUUCUGAAUGACACCGAACGCACCGCCACAGUCCACCCCCAGGACACGAUCGGACACAUCAAACAGACCUACUUCUCGGGGCAGGAGAACAGAGUGCGUCUCAUUUACCAGGGGCAGUUGCUACAGGACGACGCCGCCACAGUCUCCUCCCUGAACUUGUCGCACAACAGUGUUCUGCACUGCCACAUCUCCCAGCAUGCCCCGGGCCAGGCUGCACGGGGUACUGGGCCAGAGCAGGUGGCGGUGGCAGUGAACGUGGGCGGGCUCAUGGUUCCUCUGCUGCUGCUCAUGCUCGUGGUGCUGUGGUAUUGCCAGGUCCAAUACAGGCAAUUCUUUACUGCUCCGGCCACCGCCACUUUAGCCGGGCUCACCGUGCUGCUGAGCCUGGUGGCCUUCGGGGUGUACCGGCGCUAAGGAGGACUGUACCUGAGGAGGAUCGGACCAGGGUCUGGACCAGGGACCGGGCCUGAGCUACGGCAUAGACACUUGAAAGGUCCUAUAUUACGCAAAAUGGACUCUUGUGAGCUUUAAGCCAAGGUAUAAUGUUGUUACUUCAUCACAAACAUACCUGGAGCUUUGUUUUGUUUCAUUCACACAUGUUUGAGCAACCUUUUUUUUAUCAGUCUGUCUACAUCUUCAAAGCUCAAAAUGGCCUGUUCCACUUUGUGAUGUUAACAUAGCUUUCUGUUUGAAAGAACUAAACAUGCAUGUUUUGUGUGUUAAAGAUGUUUAAAUGAAACAAAACACAACUCCAGGUCUUUUUGUGAUGAGGAAACAACAUUAUAACAUCAGAAAAUGGCGUAAUGUGGGCCCUUUAAAUUUAAGUUUAUCUGGACAACUCUUUAGUUUUUCCAUUUUUUUUGAGUGUAUAUGACAGGUUGGACUUCUCAUUUUACUAAAACACAGUUAAGAUCAUCAUACAUAAGAUUUUAUUAAAAAUAUAAAACAUUUUUUCCCAAUUUGACCAUUUUUAUAGGUUUCAAAUUUUACUUCCUAGUUGGAAAUAAUUAGGGAAGGCCAUAACUGUUCCCUAGCAACCAUAUUGUACACUGGGCCAAAACUCCUCUAACAAUUACAAUUUAAGAAAACACUUUUUUUUUUAUCUUGUUGAAACAAUGGUUAAAGUAUCAGAAUGUCAUCAUUUUGGAGCUCUCUAAAAUGCUGUACUUCCUGUAAUUUUCAACAUAUUUUCCAACUUUUUUUCAUAAAUUGCUUUUUGAUUUGUGUAAAACUAUAACAGUUUUUAUCCCACCAAAUAAAGUAGAAAUUAGAGAAUCAUCAGAACCUGUCAUACACACUUUAAGCUCAUAAAAAACAUCUGUUUCCCUCACUCUUUCAGUUCCUGCAGAAUGAGUCUGCACAGCUCACAACACUCUGCUCGGCUCCACCUACUGGUGUCAUCAGGUGGGGCUUCUCUGUGUUUUUAAAGUCCAUCCAGCAGAUGAGUUAAGCUCAAAUGGCUCUUACUUCAAUAAAGGCACAUUGUAAGACCAAAAAUUCACUAUUUCAUACAUACACAAACACACGCACAUGAUUCUGAUCAUGAUCUGACUCGCCGUGUUUUAGACCAGCGAUGCUGAUUUGUCAAGAGCCCUGUCUGACCUCAAACUGGCCAAACCCACCAAUGGCGGCGUCUUGUUGGGACUUUAGUUUUGUAGCAGACUGAGCUGUGCCUCUGUUGGAGUUUAAAUGUUUUCAAUUGGGGACAAACUCCAGUGAGCAUUCUGUUGGUCUCUGACGAAGUUUGGAAUUAUUCAAGUUUUACUUCAAAUUAUAUGGUCGAGAGAAAUUCUAUUAAAUCAUUUAUUUAUC